AUGUCUUCUGUCGAUAUCCAUUCUCAGUUAGCGUCCAUACUAGAAAGGUUUGCAAAGGGUGCGCUGGUAGAGAUGACCAAACUCAUAGACAAGGACUCGGCGCUUUUACGCGCGGAGAUAGCGCGCAGACAAAUGGAGGUCGAGGCGCUUUUGUGUAAACUGCAGUUCGCAGAGAGUGAGCUGAGAUCGGCGCGCCAGGCAGCAGCUUCACGCCAGUCCGCUCCCAAUCGCCGAUCGGUGGCUGUACAAGUUACCAUCACGGCUGCACUGCAAGACUGUAAGGAAACGCACACAGACACGCACAUAGAUACUUCUUCAGUGCAUUCUUCUAAUGCAAAGCAGGAGGAUAGAGCAGAAUCGUUUCAGAUCAAAGAAGAGAGGACCGAGCUGAUGCCAUGGGACAAUGCAGAUGAGAUAGAGGAGACUCGUGUUUGCUGGGAGGAUGAGCGAAAUGCAUCCAACACAUCAGGUCGUAAUGAAGCCAAACCUGGUGUUAUUUGGGACUCGCCUGAUUUAGAGGAUUUCACCAUGAGACCUGAGGCAUCACAAGACACUACUAAUACAGUUCCUGGGCAUCACAGCACAAAUGCAUCCCCAAAUCCAAGAGAGGAUAACAGCGUUCACUAUGAAUAUCAGCAAAGCACAGAAUGUGAUGCUGGACAACAGAGACUCAGUCGGUUGAUUAACACUAACAAUACAGCGCUUCCUCCAGUCAGCGAGCAGAGAGGUGAUGGGGUGGGGACGGGGGAGAAGAGUUCGUGCUGUGCUCAGUGUGGUAAAACUUUCACCACGCGCUUCUACUUGAAGAUCCAUCAGCGCAUCCACACGGGCGAGAGGCCCUACACGUGCCUACAGUGUGGCAAGCGCUUCUACUGUAACUCCCACCUCAUUUCACAUCAGCGCUGCCACACAGGAGAGAAGCCCUACAGCUGCGAGGAAUGUGGCAAGUCGUACUCUCAUUUAAACUCAUUGAAACUGCAUCAGCGCAGCCACACCGAGGAGGAGGUCUGCAACUAUUGGUGACUUUGAAAGCCAGAUUUGGACUUUUGGGAUUGUCUCACACACAGUAUUAACUGAUUAUACAAUAUGGCACAAAAUUUUACAUGCACAAUAUGGUUACUGUGGACAAUGUAUAAUCUUGACUUCUAAGUUCAAUUUGAAAGCAAAUGGACAUUUUUUUUGACCAAGGAAUUGCUAACUAUGGAGUAAAAAAAUCCAGUACUGUGAUAAUAUUGUAACCCCUGAUAAAAGUUUAGGCAAGAAUCAAAUUUCAUUUAGUCACAAAGCCUAGUCUUAAACAUUAGUAUUGUGGAGAAAUAGCCACCUUAUCUUCCACUUACAAUAAAUUUAUUUGGUUAGCCAAGA